AUGGCAAUGAAUGGCAUGAAGAAGGAUCGCAAACAUGAUCUGGGAUUGAUCUACCCGGACCACAGCAGACAGCUGUGGGAGUCCUUGCGCGAGCCUGCGAAAUGCGAAAGGCAAGGUGUUGGGUUGGAUGCGUCGUGCGAUGAAGAACGUCUUGCACGGCAUCAUGAUUCUGCCAUGGUCCGCCUAGCCAGGCCGCGUUUCGACCGAGCGUGCCCAGGUAGUGGUCCUGACAAUCCCGAUCGGAGCCAUGCAAAGCCCGAGAGCCUUUCAAGGCAGAACACUCGGGAUACAACCAACGACGAGUGCCGGGCUGACCGGACGCCAUACGCCCGCCAUACGCGCAGGCAGAAGUAUUGCAUUCUUGGUCGCCUAGCCGACAGCCACACUGCGCGAGGGGAGGCUGUCCAGGUACCUGCGCAACACGCUUCGCAACACGCUUCGCAACACGCUUCGCAACACUUCUUCCGGGUACGAGCACGAGUACGAGGCCGCGCAUGUGGCUCCCUCCAGGGCUCUCAGAAGGCUGCAUGUGUCCAAGUGCCUUGGCGUCUUGACCGGAUGGGCGAUUUCUUGCGGGCAGGUUUGCGAGACAGGAUCGCUGAGCCAUGCGACGUGCGUCUGCCUGGGUGGGGCAUCUCGAUAGGAUCCGCCAGGGUCUACCGUGCCGCACUGGCCGCACUGGCCGCACUGGCCGCCAAAAGUCGGUCAAUCCAAAACUUCUGCCAUGCACAUGCAGGCGCGCAGAUGUGA